AUGCUCUGGCUUUCUUCACCACCCUCGCUACGUAAAUCACGCACGGUGCUGGUCGCCACGAUCGUCGGUUUACUUCUAUUCUGGCACCUUUCAUCUUCGCCUGGAUCUGCACCAAAGAGUCGCUUACAAUUCAAACCAAGCUCUUUCGACUGGUCUACUCAACGCCAAUUCUUUCCUCCGCCAAAUAUCAAGCCCUUGCCAACUGAAAAGCCCCAUAAACUGCCCCAAGUCCAGGCUAACAACGGGAAAUUCAAACAUACUUCAGCUACGAAAAGUCGUCAAAAAGCCGUUCGAGAUGAGUUUCUCCGUAGCUAUAAGUCAUACAAGCAGUAUGCCUGGAUGAAAGACGAACUCAUGCCCAUUUCCAUCAAAGGAAAGGAUAAUUUUGGAGGCUGGGCAGCCACUUUGGUCGACUCCCUAGAUACCCUCUGGAUCAUGGGUCUCAAAGCGGAAUUCAGCGAGGCUGCUCAAGCGGCAGCUACGCUCAACUGGGGCGAAACUCAUGAAGGCGCUGUCAACUUGUUCGAAACGACAAUUCGUCAUCUUGGAGGUCUUCUUGGCGCCUAUGAACUAAGUGGCGAGGAAGUCAUACUUAAGAAGGCCAUUGAGCUUGGAGAGAUGCUUUAUGUCGCUUUUGACACGCCUAAUCGGCUACCCGGCUUCUGGCUCAACUUCGAGGAUGCCCGCAACGGAAAGCAAAUUGCUGGAAUUCACGAUCCCUCUGCGUCUCCCAGUUCCUUGGUCAUGGAGUUCACAAGACUCUCGCAAAUAACCGGCGAUCCCAAGUUUUACGACGCCACAGAUCGUGUGACGCAAUUUCUGAUCAAAACACAGAACCAUACGCUCUUACCGGGCAUGUGGCCGCUCUGUCUCGACUUCCAGAACGAGCAAGUACACGACAACACCUUUUCCCUCGGAGCACUCGCCGAUUCCCUGUAUGAGUAUCUGCCUAAGAUGCAUGCUCUACUAGGCGGCGUUGAUGAGAAUUAUCAGGUCAUGUAUCGUACAGCCAUGGAUGUCGUGAUAAAGAAUCUUCUCUACCGACCUAUGCUUCCAGAAAAAAACGACAUUCUCUUCUCUGGCGACGUUCGCGUCAACGAUAACAAGAUCGAGUUGAGUACUGAGAGCCAGCAUCUUACCUGCUUUACAGGAGGAAUGUUUGCUCUGGGCGGCAAGCUUUUGGAAAUCGAGGAGUAUGUCAAUAUUGGAGAGAGACUCGCUCGAGGUUGUGGGUGGGCUUAUAAGGCGUUUCCAACGGGCAUGAUGCCCGAGAUUUUCGACCUUGCGCGUUGUCCGACCCUUGAGCCAUGCACAUUUGAACAUGAUCGUUGGAAACCCCAGAGAAAGUCCAUUCCUCCUGGCUUUCAACAUGCCCGAGACCCAAGAUAUCUACUUCGACCAGAAGCUAUCGAGAGUAUCUUCAUCAUGUAUCGCAUCACAGCAGAUCCUCAGUGGCAGGAUAUGGCGUGGGAUAUGUUCCAGGCCAUUGUUCGGUACACGUCCACGGAACAUGCCAAUGCAGGCAUCGCGGAUGUUGUUGAUCCAGAGACUGUCAAGAUUGACUCCAUGGAGAGUUUCUGGUUGUCCGAAACCCUGAAGUAUUUCUACCUUAUCUUCUCACCUCCAGACUUGGUGAAUCUGGAUGAGUAUGUGUUGAAUACGGAAGCCCACCCGUUUCGCAGACCAUAG